UCAACUUUGGCUGACGACACCCGGAAGUGACUUACCGGCAGCGUGUGAAUAAGCUGCAUUGGAACUUGGUCUCUUGUCGCGAUUCUUCUCACAAAUGAGUUAUUUUCUUCUAAGGAUAUAUACGCUUCGUUAACGAUGGCCGAUUCAGGCACAGGUGAUCCCAGUGGUCAUCGCAUGCCACCACCUGGAGGGAUCGGGAAGAACCCACUGAUGGGCCGCCGACUUCCAGCUACUAUCACUGCAGGUCGCCUCCCUGCAACGCGUUCUCGAGAUCUCACCCUGGGGGGAGUAAAAAAGAAAACGUUCACACCAAACAUUAUUGGCCGCAAGGUUAGAGAAGAUGUCAAGGAUGAAGGUCCGCAAAAGAGAGAGCGGAUGAAUGCUACCCGAGGCAGAGGUCCAAGAGAGAGAGGCAGGGGCCGGGGUCGCCCGGAGAUUAUCCAGUCCCACUCUAUUUUCGAGCAGGGUCCAGGAGAAAUAGCCAUCAGAAGAAAAGGUUAUGAAAGUGAACGAGAUGCCCCAAGCACAGGACCAGCCCCCAUCAUCAAUAUCAAAAAAGAGAAGAGAGAAACUGAAGAAGAGACCAAAGAAAUCCUUCGUAAGCUGGAACAUGAUAGCUUCAUAGACGAUCCAUACCUGAGGGGUGAAAAGAGGAGCUGCCCGGUUCAACUUCCCCUUGCUGUGACUGGGUGGGGUUUCAAGGAGGAAUUCAGUGCUCCUACCAUUAAAAUUGAGAAGAUGGAUGAGGAUGAUCCCAUGGAACCUGCAGUGGAAAUUAAGGAGGAGCAUGAGGAAACACCGAUAAAGAAGCCUGAAGCGACUUUCAAGCCUCCUCCACUACCUGAGCCGGAUGUUCUGACGGAUCUUCUUCACAAGUGGAGUCUGAGCAAAGGUGAGGAGCUGUUCUUCGUGCAGCUGCCAGAUACGCUGCCAGGCCAGCCGCCCACCAAAGAGUACAAGCCGAUAAAAACCGAGGUGAAGUCCGAGGACGGUCAGUCUGUCCUCCUGAAAACGGAGUCUCAGGAGGAGCAAAAUGAAGAUAUCAGCUGUAAUUUGAAAGAUCUGCGAGAGGGUCUUGUUGGAAAAAUGCUGGUGCGGAAGUCCGGUCGGGUGCAGCUCAUAAUGGGACAGAUCACGCUGGAUGUGUCCCUUGGAGCAUCAUGCUCUUUUCUGCAGGAACUGGUUUCUGUUGACACUGAGGGACGAACAGGAGACUUGACUGUGUUUGGGAAUGUGAAACACAAAAUGGUUUGCUCACCAGACUUUGAAUCUCUGCUGGAAAGCAGGUGAUGAUCAUUGAUGACCUUUGUUGAUUUGCUCUGCGGUGUCGUAUGAAAGUCUGCUAACACACUAAACUAUAAAACUUGAAACAAGAUCGAAAGGUUAUUUUUGCUUCACACAUUAAUUCAAUUAUAUGCCAUAUUCCUUCAGUCUACUGUACAUCUGAAAUAAUUUGGCUGUACAUGAAUGUAAAUGUGUGAAUAAAAUAUUUUUUAA